AUGGCUCUGGGUGGGGAGUUGCCAAAUACAAGUUCUCUACCACCACCAGCAGGGGUGAUUUGGGGCAUCCCCACCAAUGACCCAACCGACCCUGCUAUCAGGCAACAGGGUGAGGCCAGUGGAGGGAUAGAGCUGGUGGACAUCUCAGGAGCUGGUGGACAUCUUAGAGUCUGGUGGACAUCUCAGGAUCUGAGCCCUUCUGGUGAUGAUUCCGUGGGCACCGCAGCCGCGCAGGGUACCAGUGGUGGCGGUGAUAAUGGAAAAAGCAGCUUCAUUAGUACCAUGUCUGCUGGAGAUGGCAGAUGUGUUAUUGCAGAGAGAGGACGCCGGACUGCACGGAACUUACAGGAUUUGGGGUUCAACACCAGACAGUCCAUGUCCCACGUGAAGGAUCGUAAAACAGGCACCAGUGGGACUCCUGUAAAACUUUUGACAAACUUGUUUGGACUGGGCCUGCCCGACCAGUGGUGUCUCUACCAAUACCACGUGGACUUUAACCCGGACUUCGCGUCGAGGAAGCUGAAGACUGCUUUGCUGUACAUGCAUGAAGAGACUCUUGGGAAGGCUAAGGCAUUUGAUGGAGCCAUUCUUUUCCUGUCCCGUAAACUGAAUAAUAAAGUGACAGAACUGUCUAGUCAAACAAGGAAUGGGGAACUCGUGAAGAUAACGGUCACGUUGAGUAACCAGCUGCCAGCCGGAUCACCUGUGUGCAUUCAGUUUCUUAACAUAAUAUUCAAGAGGAUUCUUAAAGCUCUUUCAAUGUACCAAGUUGGACGCAACUACUACAGUCCUUCUGACCCAGUGCAGAUCCCGCAGCACAGGUUGAUGCUGUGGCCAGGGUUUGCUUUAUCUAUAAUGCAGCUGGAAACCCAACUAACAAUGAGCGCAGAUGUCAGCCACAAGGUCCUUCGGAACGAAACCGUUCUUGAUUUAAUGAAUGACUUGUUCUCAAGGGUCCCUACGGAGCGAUUCACUGAUGCCUGCGAGAAGGAGCUGCUGGGACAGGUCGUGCUAACCAGGUAUAAUAAUAAAACCUACAGAGUUGAUGACGUUGACUGGUCCAUAAAGCCAACGGACACCUUUCAGAAGAAGGAUGGUUCAGAGAUUUCAUAUGUCGAUUAUUAUAAAGAGCAAUACAACCUGACCCUGACGGAUUUACAUCAGCCCAUGCUGGUGAGCUCCCUGAAGAUGAAGAAGGCCGAGUCCUCCAGCGCCCCUCGAGCCGUCCACUUGCUUCCAGAAGUCUGCUAUCUAACAGGGCUGACAAGUCGCGCGCUUUCAGACUUCCGCGUGAUGAAGGAUCUGUCUAUGGAAACUCAAUUAGAUCCGCAGCGCAGGCAGGAGAGGUUGCUGAAGCUGACAAAGAACAUUGAGAGUAAUCAGACAGCGCAUUCCGAGUUGGAGAAAUGGGGAUUGUGCCUCGAUAAGCAGAUCUCGCUCACCGGCCGUAUGCUGCCGCCGGAGAGGAUCAUUAUGAGGGAUAAUAUAUUUCAGCCGGCGUCUCCUUCGGAUUGGUCCCGAGAUCUGCGUGACUCGAAGAUGAUUAGCGUUCACGCCUUGCAGAACUGGCUAGUGCUCUGCAGCCGUCGCAACGCCGAGGUGGCCGAGAAGUUACUCUUCAGCCUAAAGAAAGUGGGAUCUGGGAUGGGAUUUGACAUCGACUACCCCAGAAUAAUUCAAGUGGACGACAACCCCGUCUCGUUCCUUCGAGCCCUGCAGCAACAUGUAUCUCCAGAGCUUCAGCUGGUGCUUUGCAUCCUGCCCUCCAAUCAGAAAGAUAACUACGACUCCAUCAAGAAGUUCCUGAGUCUGGAGAAGCCGAUUCCCAGCCAGUGUGUGCAGAUGCGCACGCUCAACAGACAGCAGAUGCUCAUGAGCGUGGCCACCAAGAUCGCCAUGCAGAUUAUCAGUAAGACCGGAGGGGAGCUGUGGGCAGUGGAGAUUCCCCUUAACUCUCUCAUGGUGGUCGGCAUCGACGUCAACAGGGAUGCGUUGAAUAAAUCUCAUUCCGCCGUGGGCUUCGUGGCCAGCGCAAACUCAAGACUCACCAGGUGGUUUUCGAGGUGCAUCAUUCAGAAGACAUCAGAUUUCGCCGAUUGCCUAAAAGUGUGCAUGAAAGGAGCCCUCCAAAGGUGGCAGAAAUACAAUAAGGACUUGCCAACCCGUAUAAUCGUAUACCGGGACGGCGUGGCAGAUGGCCAGCUCAGCGUAGUGCUGGAUUAUGAAAUCCCCCAGCUUCUCAGUAGCUUCAAAGAAACCAGCACAGCAUACAGACCUAAAAUGUCGCUGAUUGUGGUGCGGAAGAGAUGCAGCACGAGGUUCUUCAGGCAGACCGACAGAGGAAUCCAGAACCCGCUGCUCGGUACGGUGGUUGAUUCAGAGGCAACGAGACCCGAAUGGUAUGACUUCUAUCUCAUCAGCCAGAACGCCCGGCAGGGGACGGUGAAUCCCACGUAUUACAACGUUCUGUAUGAUGACAACUGCUUGAAACCUGAUCACAUGCAGCGCUUAACGUACAAAAUGACGCACCUUUACUACAACUGGCCCGGCGUGAUCCGCGUGCCGGCUCCGUGCCAGUAUGCACACAAGCUGACUUUCCUGGUCAGCCAGAGUAUCCACAAGGACCCGAGCAUGGAGCUCUCCGACACUCUCUUUUACCUCUAAGCCGCCAUCGGAAAUCCAGUUUUUUGUUACUUGAACCCGUUGGUAGUUAAAGUUCACCUCUGCUGUUCUGUAGACGUUUGCUAACGAUU